CGACACCUAUAUCGUACAUUUGGAUUUAUAGUUCUCUCUCCCGAUCUCCCCCUCCCCCUCCCCCUCUAUAUAUGUGGAUGUGAAAGAAAUUAAAACAAAAGGUUUAUCAUCCAAAUAGGGAAAAAAAGAUACAAUCCCAAAAUGGACUUUGCUCCCCAAAAAUCCAUACCAAAGAAGCAAGAAGAAGAAGAAGAAGCACGUGUUGAAAUAUGGAAAUACAUAUUUGGUUUUGUGGAAAUGGCGAUUGUAAAAUGUGCAAUAGAACUCAGAAUAGGUGAUACAAUAGAAAGCCAUGGAAGCCCCAUGACACUCUCCCAAUUAUCCACAGCUUUAAAUUGUUCUGCCUCACUUCUAUACCGCAUCUUGAGAUUCUUAGUCCGACGUGGAAUAUUCAAACAAGAAAUCAAUGAAGCAAAUGUCAUAAGCUAUGACCAAACACCUUUGUCAAGGCUGCUUGCAAGUAGCAACAACAACAGCAUGGCUCCAUUCCUUUUAUUGGAGAGCAGCCCUGUGAUGUUGGCACCAUGGCAUAGGCUCAGUGCUCGAAUUAAAGGCAAUGGAGAAACCCCAUUUGAGGCUGCUCAUGGAAAAGAUGUAUGGAGCUUUGCAGCAGCUGAUCCAAUACACAACAUAGUAAUCAAUGACGCUAUGUCAUGUACUGCUAGGGUUCUUACUGUGCCAGCAAUACUUGAAGAAUGUCCACAGAUUUUUGAAGGAAUUGGAAGUUUAGUUGAUGUGGGAGGAGGAAAUGGAACUUGCUUGAGCAUGAUUGUUAAGGCUUUCCCUUGGAUUAAAGGCAUUAACUUUGAUCUUCCACAUGUCAUUUCUUCUUCUCAACAAUACAUUGGUGUUGAACAUGUUGGCGGAAAUAUGCUUGAUUCCAUUCCCAAGGCUGAUGCUGCAUUCAUUAUGUGGGUGCUACAUGACUGGGAUGAUGAGACAUGCAUCAAAAUAUUGAAGAAUUGUAAAGGAGCAAUUUCGGAAAAGAGGGGGAAAGUAAUCAUUGUAGAAGCACUUAUUGAAGAACGAUCAGAAGAAAACAAUAAUAAACUUGGGGAUGUUGGAUUGAUGCUUGACAUGGUGAUGAUGGCUCAUACCAAAAAUGGUAAAGAAAGAACCUCUAAAGAAUGGGGUCAUGUUCUUCAUCAAGCUGGUUUUACUCAAUACACCAUCACACCCAUUCGAGCUGUCCACUCUGUAAUUCAGGCUUUCCUUUGAUUUGACAAAAAAAGGUUUAAAUUUACCUUUUGUUAUGGUAUGAAAUUCGCCUUUUUACUUCAACGAAAAAGUGUGUGAAAGAGAGAUCUAAAUCUUUCACCUUUCGGUUAGAGAAAUGGUAUCUUACCUCGUUUAAACUAUGUUUCGUUUGUGACUUGUAUUGAAGGUUUGGUUAACUAUAAUAAUAAAUAAUAAAGGUUUUGUUGUAAAUACUAGUAGGUGGACACAUUUUUAGCC